GGGCUACGGGUUCCAUCGAUAACGACUUGCACGUACUUCGCAGAUCCGUAAAUUCAGCCGAAGAACGAGUUCUUUAAAUUGUAUAAUAUAUUUCACAAUUCGGCUACUUUUUUCUGUUUUGAAUUCUGGAGAAUUAGUUUGAGACACUGUUUGGUUCGGAGGAAAUUUUUUACUAAAGUUAAAGAGAAGUUGUAAUUGGGAGGAUCAAAGGCGAAAUUCGGAGAAUUUUCCUAGAUUUGUCAAGGUAAAGUGGAAGCACAAUAAAUUUAUUUUUUUUUCUUUUUCGGAAUGGAGCAAAAUUUUGAUUGGAAGUGAAAGAACAGUUGAAAUUGGGGGGAUCAGAGUGAAAUUGAGAGGAAUUUUCCAUCUGGGUUCGCAUAUUUUUCGAGGUUUAGUCGAAAAGUUCAGCUUUAUGAUUAUUUGCACGUUCAGAGUCAUCGGAGUUCCAAUUGGGCGAAGCGAUUAUUUCUCUGAAUUAUCAUUUCAGGAACUUGGAAAUUGACGGAGUCGCUACGCUGCGUCAGAAAGACUGCGAGGAACCUGAGCUGAAGAUUAGAGAAAGGUGCGAAAUUUGAGAGAAAUCCAAUCCAAGAUGAGUGGGAAACAGCCGGUGAAGCUGGAUGACGAGCAGCUCGUUGAAUUACGCGACAUUUUCCGAUCGUUUGAUUGCAAUAAGGACGGGAGCUUGACUCAACUGGAGCUCGGAUCGCUGCUCCGAUCGCUCGGCCUAAAACCGAGCCCGGAGCAGCUGGAGGCGUUGAUACAAAAGGCCGAUAAGAACAGCAACGGGUUGAUCGAGUUCUCGGAGUUUGUGGCGCUUGUGGAGCCUGAUCUUGUGCCGGCGAAGAGCCCCUACACAGAGGAGCAGCUGAGACAGAUAUUUCGUAUGUUUGAUAGGGACGGAAACGGGUUUAUCACGGCGGCCGAGCUGGCGCACUCGAUGGCCAAGUUGGGCCACGCGCUUACGGCAGAGGAGCUGACGGGGAUGAUCAAGGAGGCGGACACAGAUGGCGAUGGGUGUAUCAGUUUUCAAGAGUUUUCUCGGGCGAUUUCCUCGGCUGCCUUUGACAAUUCUUGGGCUUGAAGUUCCCGUAGCUGUUGGAGAGUGAAGCAGGAUAGGCAUGGGAAAUCACUGGGAAAGGCGUAGGAUUCCUGGAAGUCCUCUUCCCGGGAGGACAACUUGGCCGGGAGGGUUCUCAGGAAAUAUAAAUCUUGCCUCCAAAGUGAAAAAAUUACUGUAACAUGGGGGUGUAAACCAGACCCUAGCAGCUGGGACUAACUCUGCGCUACAAGACCAUAAAAGUGAAGCUGUGCUAUGCGCCCAUCAGCCUGCAGGUACGUUGAUCGCGCUUGGAGGAAGACGGUGGACAAUAUGGCCAAUAAGGACAUGACCUGCCAGAUCCAGAUCGUUGCUUUUUGUGAAAAAAUGAAGGCAUUUUGGUGUAGUCGGGACCAAAAAUCGCAUGCAUGGCACUUUUUGUCCGAGAAGACGGAAUCGGCUAACGGAAUGAUUACAUUGCAAAUUUGUAAAACUUUGUUGGGGUCAAUUGUAAUUUUUUUUUUUUU